CAGAGUCAGUCCAGCAGGAGUGCCACAUAAUCAAGUCAAAGCCAGGCAGGUUUAAAUCAGUCGUUGGAUGUUUUACUUUAUUUAAACGUCUCAUUCGGUCUAAUAAUUUCAGGGGAUAAUUAUGUGGAAUGUAUUUUUCUUUUCAACAAUGUUUAUCAAGAUACUAAAGUUCCCAGCUGGUCUGUUUUCGUUUAUCUAUCUCAAUAGCAACCAGACCUUGCCAGCAACAAAGCGACAUUUGUGAAGUGUACUAUUUUUUUUCUUCCAUCGGUGUGUUUAACCAAAGUUUGCGUGGUUUAUGUAAUGUAACGAGAGUGGUAGUUCCAAUUAACCAGCUAACUAGCUAAUCGCUAUUAUCGAGUUCCAAACGCAGUUUUAGGUCCUCUGGUCAUGGCUAAAGACCCGUUGGCCGAAGCUGGUCUUCAUUUUGAUGAACUCAACAAACUGCGAGUACUCGAGCCUGAUGUGAGCCAGAAAACCGUUGAGCUCAAAGAGGAAUGCGAGGACUUCGUUGACAAGAUAGGUCAGUUUCAGAAAAUUGUAGGUGGACUUAUUGAACUUGUGGAUGAGCUAGCAAAGGAAGCCGAAACUGAAAAAAUGAAGGCCAUAGGUGCAAGAAAUUUACUGAAAUCGGUUGAAAAGCAACGGGAGGCUCAGCAGCAACAGCUUCAGGCUCUGAUUGUAGAAAAGAAAAUGCAGUUGGAAAGGUAUUCAAUCGUAUUAGGCCUGUAAUCAGAGUCAGACUGCAUAUAUUGUGUUCUUAAAGGAAAAGUGCACCCAAAAAAUUAAUAUUUUGCUGAAAAUGUACUCCCCCACAGCCCAUCCUGU